CAACACUCCAACCUAAUCAAAACCUAUCGGUUUAUUUUAAUCGAAAUCUGAUCGCGACGUAAAUAUAUUUUUAAAUAUGUAAAGUUAAUCAAAUAUAUAUUUGUCUAUUUCAAACGUCACUUUAUCGUCGUUGAAGCGUGCAGCUCGGCGCACUUGCAGUGUUUACAAGGCAGUCUUGGAAGAAUCCAAUAACAGAGAGAGGGAUUCUUUUUGUUGUCUAGAUGGGAAGCAUCGUGGCAUUUUACAGGUCUCGCAUUUGCAUUUACGCUGUAACAUUUCCUUCGUAAAAUAACAUGUCUUGUCUGAAAAAAGUGAGCAGGGAGUUGGACGAUCUUGCAGAGGUGCAUCAAACUCUUCGUGGAAUCAUCCACUGCUGCUGUUAAUGUUGACAAGUUGAACGAGUGUGCUGCUGUCUGUACAACGCACAGAGAGGAGAGAGGUGCAGCAGUGCUUAUAGUGAUUUAAGGUCCAUUGUGGAUGGUGUGGGACAUUUAUAUGGGUCUUUUUCCACAGACUAAGCUGCUGUGUCAGGCAGAGUUUUUUGGGAGGAGAGUUCUAGUUCCAGUCGACCCAUUCUAACUUAACCCCACGUGCACUCGCACACCAACAGCCCAGUCGACAUCAAAGCCCUCUCUCUGUCUCUCUCUCUCUCCAAUUGCUGCUGGGCACAUCUUCUCCUGUCUGUCCUUUCAAGGGGAUGUCUGUCCUCUAACUGCCUCUCUCUCUCUCCACUAACUCCUAGCAAAUAAUUUUGGACACUUCACCACUAUGGAAGACUAUGACAUGCCAUCAGCGGGCAGUAUCCUGGCCUCAGUCAAAGAGCAGGAGGCGCGCUUUGAGCGUCUGACCAGAGCCCUUGAAGAGGAACGCCGCAAUGUCUCCCUGCAGCUGGACCGUGGCAACCUGACCUCUGACAGGUUUACGGGCGGCACCACUGACAUGAGCAGUCAACCACUGGCCUGGCAACAGAUGGUCAUGCAGGAGCAGAGUCCCAGUAACCAGACAUCACUGGCCAUGAUGCAGGAGCCUCAGGAGGUUGUAGAAGAGACAGUAACCAUAGAGGAGGACCCUGGCACACCCACCUCUCAUGUUUCUGUGGUUACCUCUGAAGAUGGGACCACACGCCGCACUGAGACCAAGGACAAUUCAACUAAUGUGAAGGUGACCAGAGUUGUUAAAACCAUCACACGACGAACCUUCCAGCCGGUUAUCCUGACUGAGUCCAAACCUUCUACUCCCAUAUCUACACCCAUCCGUCCAUCUACGCCAAAACCAUCUGAAAUUAAACCAGUGACUAAGAUGGUCAAAACAGUGACAACACGGACAGUUCGACAGGUGCCACUGGGUCCAGAUGGCCUCCCUGUUCCAGAAGGUUCAUCUCCACUGGGGAGCUACACUGACUCCAUUGAUCGCCGCUACAUGAAGAACGGUGAAGGCUUCAUCACACCCCAGGCCACCUCCACCCUCACACGCUCCUUCAAAAAUUACAGCGAUUCCUACAAUGACACUCCAGACAGCCAGUAUCGCCAUUACGGCCUUCACGAUGGAUACGGAGACAUGCCUGACAACUACGGAAGCCUCCCUAGUGGAGUUAACUACAGGCCCUAUCGGCCCUACAUGCCUGGUGGAUACCAGCCAGAGAACAGCUACACUCUUCCCAUCCGCAAGUACGACUAUGGGCAUGUGGCCCAGCCACAGGUCCCUAUGGGCAGUAGCACUGUGGAUCUCAAUCGUUCUCAUCCUGAACGCUUUCAAGCAGAACCCUACGGCCUGGAGGAUGACCGCCGCAGUCUCGGCCCUGAUGAUGAAGAGCCGUAUGAUCUAGAGCCUGAUUAUUCUACAGCUAACCGCCACACACUGACUGGACGUACCAUUCGAGAGCCUCUACGCAACGGCCCUCGCGUAAGAGGCUACGAGGACCAAAUAGAGGCUGAAUUAAUUGAUGAAAGACACCCCUACAUCCAUGGCAUGUUCCCAGCUCCCCUUGCCCAACCUGAGAGGGGCAGCAUGGCUAGUCUCGACCGCAUGGGUGGCCGUCGCUCCCCCUCGAUAGACAGUAUCCGCAAAGACCCUCGCUGGAGGGACCCUGACCUGCCCGAGGUCAUUGCCAUGCUAGGUCACCCCAUUGAUCCCGUCAAGUCUAAUGCAGCCGCCUACCUGCAGCACCUCUGCUAUGAGAAUGACAAAAUAAAGAAUGACGUGAGGCAGCUGAAGGGGAUUCCAGUGCUGGUAGGGUUGUUGGAUCACCCUAAAGCUGAAGUCCAUCGUAAGGCCUGCGGAGCUCUGAGGAACAUCUCCUAUGGCAAGGACCAUGAUAACAAGGUGGCUAUCAAGAACUGUGAUGGGAUUCCUGCUCUCAUUCGUUUGCUGAGGAAAACCAACGACAUGGAAGUUCGUGAACUUAUCACAGGAACACUUUGGAACUUAUCCUCCUAUGAGCCUCUGAAGAUGAUCAUAAUUAACCACGGGCUUCAGACGAUGACAAACGAGGUUAUAAUCCCUCAUUCUGGCUGGGAACAUGAGCCCAAUGAGGACUCCAAGCCACGCGAUGCAGAGUGGACCACCGUCUUCAAGAACACAUCAGGAUGUCUAAGGAAUGUGAGUUCAGAUGGAGCAGAGGCACGUAGACGGUUGCGAGAGUGUGAGGGGCUGGUAGAUGCCUUGCUGCACGCACUGCAGUCUGCCGUUGGAAAGAAGGACAUGGACAACAAGUCUGUUGAGAAUUGUGUUUGCAUCAUGAGGAACCUGUCUUACCACGUGCACAAGGAGAUUCCAGGGGCUGAGAAGUUCCAGGAGUCCUCGGCUCUUCAGGGCCCCGGCUCUGCCAGCACUCAGAGGAAAAAGAAAGAUGACGCAGGCUGCUUUGGAGGAAAGAAGGCCAAAGAGGAAUGGUUUAAUCAAGGGAGGAAAAAUGGAGAGCAUGACAAAAGCUAUGACACGCUGGACCUACCCAAGCGCACAGAACCCACUAAAGGUUUUGAAUUACUGUAUCAGCCCGAGGUGGUUCGUCUCUACCUGUCCCUCCUGACAGAAAGCCAGAACUAUAACACACUAGAAGCAGCGGCCGGAGCUCUACAGAACCUCAGCGCUGGACAGUGGACAUGGUCGAACUAUAUCCGGGCAACAGUGCGUAAGGAGAAAGGGUUACCCAUUCUUGUAGAACUCCUGCGCUCGGACUCUGACAAGGUGGUGCGAGCUGUGGCCAUAGCUCUGAGGAACCUGUCCAUUGACCGCCGCAACAAAGAUCUAAUAGGGAGUUAUGCCAUGAGGGACUUGGUUAGCAACCUGCCCAGCGGACAGCAGCGGCCAGCCAAGAACCUGGAGGAGGACACAGUGGUGGCCAUCCUCAACACAAUCCAUGAAAUCAUCUCUGAAAGCUCUGAAAACGCUCGUUCUCUCAUUACUGCUCAAGCAAUCGACAAACUAGUGUCCAUCAACAGGACCAGCCAGUCAGCAAGGGAGACUAAAGCUGCCUCCCAUGUACUACAGACGGUUUGGAGCUAUAAGGAUCUGAGAAACGUCCUGACCAAGGACGGCUGGACUAAAACGCACUUCCAGCCUAUCGCGACUGGCACUCCCAAAAUGUCCAAGAACUGCAAGCCUGGGUACGACGACACUACACUGCCUUUGAUGGAGAAGAACCAAGGCAACAGAGGGUGUGGCAGUGGAGAUAUGAUACCUAUGGAUGAAUUCGGUCCAGAUGGCUAUUCGACGAUCAACCAGAGAGACAAAGACUCAAAGUACAAAGGCAGUGAUGGCUCGUCGGACCUGCAGGAGCGGGAGCCAUUAAAGAAUGACACAAAUAGGAAACACUAUAUCAGGAGUAACAGGCCGACUGUCAGUCUGGUGGAUGCUUGUGAUGUUAAACCUCAGCCUGUUGACUCCUGGGUCUAAAUGCAUGCAUGGCUUAGCUAGCAACAGCAUCUUUACCACACAAGGAUUUCAUGUGUCACCACUGCCAUUAACCACGGAGCUCACCAUGAUGUGGACUCAUCUGAAGACUUUUGCCUUAAAAAGCAAGAGAAAAAUUCCAACUUUCAUUCAACAGCCAAUAUUUUGUGGAAUGUGGAAAGAAAAUAAACUAUAAAAAAAAAAAAAAAAAACACCACUUCUCAUAUGUACAUUCCCACUGGACGUAGUGUACCCUGAACCGAAGAUCUGGAUUGAUGGAUGGAUUGAGUGUACAGGAAGUGCUGUCAUGGAUGCGGACGUGUAUUGGAAAGAAUUGGGUUUUGGGAAAGAGGAAAUAAAAAACUCUAUUUUUUAUGUCAAAACAAAAAAGAUAAAUUUGCCUCUAUUAUUUUUGUUGUAUGUUUCUGCUUGAUUACUGUUUGUUUGUGGAUUUUGUUUCAUUUUGUAGAGUUUUAAUGAUGGUUUGGGUUUUCUAAAAUAGUGGGCUGAUGUGAGCAAUGGAGUUCAGUGGAAGCACUUGUCAAAGGUUUAUUUUUUUGUUGUUGUUGUUAAUUACAAUGGUGUUGGGGCACAUAUGAAGUUUGGGGGUUCUUUAUCGAAAUGCACGGUUUUGCGAUUUCUGUGUGCUGGCUUUAUAAAGCAACUUUAAAGACAAAUUAUCACUGUGUUCGUUUCUUCUCACUGAGAACUGUUCUUCAAAUGGAGGGAUUUACCCUGCACACUGAAAUCUGCUUAUAGCGGAGCUGAAAUAAAGAGAGCUGCUAUGAUUUGGAGAGAUUUGGAUUUGGUCUUCUGAUCCUGUAUUUCCAGAGGCAUGCUGGGUUACACCGGCACUUAUCACCUAUUGGUUAAUGAUGUUUCGGUUUAUUUAAUAAAGGGUAUAGAGAGUAAAAAAAACAUUUGUUAAUAUGUAGAUUGUGGAAUGAGGGAUAGUAGGAGGAUUCACUUGCUCCUGUUGUCAUAAAAGUAGAUUUUAAAAGCAUUUGAUAUGUUUGUUGUUUUAUAAGUGUAUUUUAGGUUAUAAAGGUUAAGAGAGGGACAAAAAACAGUUCACACUCUUCUAUGGGUCUUUAUACAUUGAUAGAUGUGUAUCCAUACAGUUUGUUCAGAGCACAUUCAGUAUUCGAUAAAUAAAGCAUGGCCAUGUUUGUAUAAUAAUAAUAAUAAUAUAAUAAAAAGGUAAUUGCGCUAGUUAAACAUGUAUCAAAGGCGGUAGAGUCAUUCUCAUUGUCUAUUUAUUUUCUCGCUUUUCUUUUAAAUAGAAGCCCAUCCAUCUUCUAAAGCUGUUUGUCCUAUAUGGGGUUGCAGGUAGUACUGGAGCCUAUAUCUAGCUUUUAAAUAGAAUCAUUUAUCUUUAAUGUUCUUUUUCGGUUGGAAUGCAUCUGAUUGGUAACCAAAUUGUAAUUGACAUCAGAUCUGGUGUAAUAAAAACUGAGUGAAAGAAUAAAAAGAGAAGAGGAAUCAGGGUAAGACACUUCCUUUCAUUAUGCAAGACAAAAUACUUUGAUAUCAAAAAUAUAUCUUGAGUGUAACAAAAACAAGCAUGACAAAUGUUUUAAUGUUGUUUUCAUUGUUUUCCAGUAAUAGUUUUAUGUAAUUGUAAAUUGGAUAUUACAUAAUGAACAUCAGGAAGAAAGCGCUCUGUGUAAAUCUUUCCACUGUCAGAGCAUCAACCUGCAAAGGAAUCAUAGUUAACUCUUAAGAGCAGUUUUUGGGGGGCUUACAUUUACAUACCAAGGAGGCAAAAUAUUUUGUUUUUAUUCUCAUAAUAUGAGGUAAGCAGCCUGUGUCGGCUCUGUCAUCUAAUUUCUGUCAUGCAACUCUAUAUAACUCUCUAUUGCAAGGUUUUUACCAUAGUGUUCUAACAGAGACUUCUAACAACAAAAUAAUGAUUAACUGUUUUAAUUUUGAAAGAUAAAAAUGUUGUGUACAUCCAUGUCGAGAAAUGUAGCCGUCUGUAAUUUAAUUUUAAAUUUGACGUUCUGUUCCUGACUGCCUUUUCUGCAGAAAACAACCAAAGGAUUUUGGUACGAUGUAGUACAAGAGGUUCCCAGAGUGUGAAUUUGCAUCAGAUUGUAUAUUUAUAGAAAAAAAGGAUGCUGAAAUGGAAUCAAGAGAGACCUACCUUUUGUAGAUAUCACUUAUUCAAAGCAUCAGAAUUCAGUAUGUGUUCAAUUUGGUAGCAAAUGUGUUUGUAACUAUCAUGUGCCUUAACCUUUUUCCAUGUUAGAUGAAAAAGAUAAAUGUUUUUUUAUGUUUUAUUGGUCCCUAACCACUGUAUUUCUCUCUCUCUCCUAACCCUCUUUCUCUAUCUCUUUUACGUACCAACACACACACACAAAUCUCCUCUAUUUCCUCUCUCUGCCUCCCCCACUUUCACUCAGUGUGUUUUCAAUGUAGUCUAGACUGGUGGUGGGUUUUGCCUUGUAUUACAUUGUAUAGUAAACUUUUAAAAGAUAGAUACACUAAAAGGGUUUGAAUAUAUAGCUGUUAAUGCUUUCCUAGCGCUCAUGAACAAUGCCAGUGACAGAAUGUAUUGUUAAUUUUACUAAUACCAACAAGAGGGAAUUGCUCUUGUUAAAGACAAAUACAGGUUUGUGGUGUGUUUUCAAUAAAUCAUGCCUGAA